GAAGGUUUUAUUGUCAUUUCAGAAACGAAGGUCUGUGCGUGCAGACUACAUUGUACACUGUGCUACCCUACAAAUAAUAUGCGAUGGUCUUAAGUUGUAACAAUCGUUUCCACCUACAUGGACUGUGAAGGCAUGACCUAGCCAGCAAGGAAUCAAUCCAAAUUUCCUGUUUGAGAUGUUAAUCCUGUGUUAAAUCCAAGGCUUCCUCCCUCCUCUCUGGCCACCUUUUCUAUGCUAAUGCAGGAUCAUCAUUAGCAUUAGCAACUAAUUUCCUGCAUCUGCAUCAACCACAACUUGCAGAACUGAAAUCUGCCAUUGCCAAUUAAGCUGAAAACUUUGCUUCGUACAUCAAUACUGCCGACUCCAAGCUUGGAUCCAUGAAAGCACAAGAAAGCAGUCUGCCCAUAUCGGAUUAUGCAGUUACAUGUAUCAACUUAUUCUAUUUAGUGUGACAAGUUAUACUGAAUACUGUGUGUGGAUUACACAAAAUCGUGCAGGACGUUUUGCUUUCACUUCUCAUGGUGUAUGGAAACAAUAAGAAAAACUUGUGUGGUGUGAAGAAUUCGAAAGAAGCCUUUAGUUUGGACCUCUCGUCUUUUCUGGACCAACUUGAAGUGGAGAAUAUAUUAAGAGUAUUGGUUUACCCUCAAAACCAUGUUUGCCAAGUUGAAGAAGAAGAUUGCAGAGGAGGAGGGGGUCCAGGAAGGGGAGCUCAAGCGUAGUGCUGGACAACCUGGAGGAACCACCGGGAGGAGAGAGAGUCUGAGGAGGGCGGGGGAAUCGUCGUCAAGCCUCAACUCCUGGGGGAGCACGUCAAGCCUCAGUGGGGCUUCGGCUGCUACUGCUGCAGGUCCGAAGCAGCAAAAUGAUGUAAGUGCCAAACACGAGAGACUGCAAGGAGAGUUGGCCAAGAAAGACGAGACGAUACGAAAGCUGGAAUCCAAGCUAGACGAGUAUUCGCUUCUAGUAAAAGAAGCUGUGAGGGAUAAAGAGAAAUCACAACUCCUUCUAGAAAAGCAUCAAGACGAGGCCACCAAGAGAGUCCAAGAGAUUAAUGAAGAGUUUCAGGCCAGAAGAGCGAAGAUGGCGGAUAAGCUCAGCCUGGCUAUCAAGAAGAAGGAAACCGAACUUCACGAUAAGAUGGCAGCUCUAGAAAGUGAAAAUUCAGACCUCCAGGAGAAGCUCAAGAAGGCGGAGAUGCAGCAGUUUUUAAAGAGAGAAGACAAUGAUGAACUUCAAGGCUUCCAGAUACAAGAACUUGCCAAAGUCAAGCAUAUGUUUGUAAAUAGUCAGGAAGAGCUUCAUAAAUGCAAAGCCGAUCUAGACCACAUGAGGGAGAAACUAGAAGAGAAGACAAGACAGCUAUCAACUAUCGAGAUUGAUCUACAAAGCGCCCAGAGCAGCUUAUCGAGUGUGACCAAAGAAAGGGAUGAUUUCUUAAAGGAGAAGACUGACCAGUCAAAUCUGAUUCGUAAGCUCGGCAAGGAGAAGACGGCCUUGGAGGAGGCCAUGAAUAGCAUAUCAAAAGAGAGUCAAGAGACCUCUGCCCAGGUUGUUUUACUGCAAGAGAAAUUAGACCACCAAGACGAUGCCUACAACUUGCUCAAACACAACAGUGAAAUUCUUAGAAAUCAGGCCAAGAAAGACAUUGCUGAUAAAGAAUCUGAGCUGGGUCAUCUGAGAGAGAAAGUGGUGACCUUAGAACAAAGAUUGCAGGACAAUGACCUGUCGCAAGAUGACCAUAUCAAAGCCAUCCAGUCAGAGAGAGACAACCUUGAACAAAAAUUGGAAGAAACCAGGAAAGAACUUGCAGCUGACAGAACCGAAUCCAGCGAAAAAAUUAGCAGUCUGGAAAACCAGAUUGAACAUCUCAACACAAAGAUUUCUGAAGACACGGAGGAGCAUCGUAGUAGCUUGAGCAGAGCGGAUUCAGCCCAGACUCAACUCAGAAAUGAAAUCUCUGACUUGAAGAGCAGGUUGGAUGCUGCACAGAAGGAGACAAGCACACUGCAGCGGGAAUCGAUGGUGAAGGAGGCCCAGCUAAAAGCACAGAAAGAAGUAAAUGAAGCAGAGUUAACAAUGGCCAAUCAGCAGCUGACUGAGGUUAAGAGGCAGUUCAUGGAAUCCAAGAAACAACUCCAGGACAAGGUGGCAUCCUUGGAGGCUAAGGUCAUCGCCGUGGAAACAGCUCGAGAUUUCGACAAAAGUGCCUCAGAACAUAAGCUAGCAAGAUUAGAUUCCAUAAAUGAGGAAUUUCUUGAAAAGGAGAUUGAACAUGAAAAGCAGGUUUCGUGUCUAGAGGAAGAACUGGAUAGAUUAAAAAAAUCCUUAUCUUCAUCUGAGGCUAAGCUGCACCAACUACAGGCCGAUUUGGAGAGUGCUAACACAAGGGCUGAGGAAUCACAAACAAAUACCCAAGAAACAGAGAGUUUGAUAUCGAGACAGAAGGAACAGCUUUCAAUACUUCAUGCGUCCGUCAAAGAAAAAGAACAGCACAUCAAGAAGCAUGAAUCAGAGCAUCAAUCAUUACAGCAGACUAAUGAAAGUCUGAAGCAAAGACUAGAGGAGCUGGAGAAAUCCCAUAAACUCUCUCACGAGGAGGCACAAAAACUUGUCUUUGAGAAAACGGAAACCAUUAGUGUCUUACAGCAAUCACUCAGUGAGAAAGGAGAGGAAUUGGCUCUUAUAACACAGAAGCUUCAAGAGCUUGAGGCCAAACUAACGAGGGUUGAAGCCGAAGCUCAGGCGAGGAUAGAGGAGACAGAGAUGAACGGUCAUAUAGAGCUGCAGAACCAAGAGAGGUUAAAACAGACGGUGGAGAGUUUGGAGCAGCAGCUGGUCGAUAAGAAUAAAACAGUCAAGAUGCAACAACAGAGAUUGUCAGACCUCAAGAAAACAUUACAGAGAGAACUGAAAGUGCAAACCAUCGCGGGCUACGAGUCGCCCGAGGAAGCUCUCCGUGGCAACGACACCCAAGUCGACAAGAACAAGCUCUCCAUCCCCGAGAACAACUUCCAUGGCAGCAAUAGCAACCUGACACAAUCAACAGUAUUACCUGAUCAAGAUGGUGGUCUUUCAAGGUCCGACUUCAGAGAAAUCAACUUCCAAUACCUCAGACAUGUUGUCUUUACAUUUAUGAGCUCCACGGAUUAUGAGGCAAAGCAAUUGUUGAAAGCCGUUUCUACCGUCCUGGAGCUGACGCCAAAGGAAGAAAGCAUGAUAAGAAAAACAUUGGAUUGGAAGACAUCAUGGUUUGGGCAGAAACCGGCGAUGAAGAAACUAGUCCAGGUCGCCACACCAGGGUCGGGGAUGCGAUGAUGACGACGGCAGGUCCAUUUCGGGGCCACACUGCGGCCUACUUCCAAUUCUUGCCUUAGCGUAUUCACCAAGGUGCAGUUCGAUGUAGUCUAGAUGAUGUAGAUCUGGUCCUUACGACAGAAGUGUGUUACAGAGAUCAGGGGAGAGAUUCAUGAAAGGACUUGUGGGGCGUUUUAUCAGACAAGCCACAUUUUAUCCGAUGGUUACCAUGGCAACAUUGCAUCUCAGCCACUCAAAA